GAGGCUACAACGAGUGAAAGUGGAGCAAGCUCGCGCGCUCGAUCCCAACCCACCCCAGCCUGUGAAGAAGUACAAAGACUCCGAGGGCAAGCCCCGAUAUCAUGGAACAGCGGACUUGACCAAAACGGAGCACUAUCCCAAAGGCUUUGGAAAGAAGAUCGCAUCCCUCUUGCAGCUCCUCAAACCUCGCUGCGAGUAUGUCUCUCAUGAUGAUGAUGUGGACUCCAUCAAGCUCUUUGAGAGCUGGCCUUGGGAUGAUUGGGAGGAUGUACAGCUCCGACCUCUAAUCCACUACCUGUACGGUUCCACUAGCUUACGGAUCCCUGUAGAGUGGAGGCCGGUGCUACCAAAGCACUUUUGA